CACAAUCUUCACGCCGAAGAAACAAGAACUAUGCCUCAAAAUAGUGGCCUGCCUUCGACCCACCGAGAGACGGAGAGAGAGAAUGGGGCUGCAGUGGGUGAUUUUGGCGGGGGUGGUGGCAAUGGAGGCCGCGGUCGCGGUGCUGCUGACUCUCCCCGCCCCGCGUCUCGUCAAGUCGCGGAUCGUUGCCUUGGCGUCGCUCCUCCUUCAGCCCGGAGCCAGUAUCCUCCCUUUCGCGGCCUUCCAGUUCUUAGAUUUGCGUUGGAAGAACGAGCAUCGGCUGAUGUGUACCUUCGAGGUCUGUACCACCGAAGAGAGGACUCGAUACGAGAAAUCCAUAUUUAAAGCACAGAGAAACGUCAUUCUAUGUGUCUCAGCAUGUCUCCUUUAUUGGUGUAUCUUUCGUAUUUGCAAAUACCACAAAGAGAUCAGGGAAUUGGAAGAAGUUGAGAAGCAUCUGAAAGAUCAGUAGCCAUACCAUGUCUGAUGAUGUUUAAAUUACAUGAAGGAGCUUGGCUUUCCAUGAAUUGAAGUCUUCAUGCAAUCAGCCACUUGUGAUGCUGAAACCGUCUAAUAAUCCUGCCAUGUCUUUCCAGAUUACACAACAGAAACACCGCACACAGACAAGAAAGGUUCAAGUGGUUCAGUGGUCAUCAUGUUACAUGAACAAGAAAGGAAGCAACAAGAAAAGGAAAUCAAGAACAAAUCAAAGACAAACAAGAAACGAAAGGCUCAGUUGCAACUGCUGGUUACGCUAAUUCCUCCGUCGAACUGAACUCAUCUUCCAUCGGCCGAGGUGAAGGAGUCGGCGAAGCCCGGCGGCCCCGUCGGUAUGCUGGUGUAGGUGUUAUCCAAGCUUGCGAGGAACGAGCUCGUGGCUCCGUCGAUGUGGCUUCGGUCCUCGAAUGCCUGCCAUUUCUUCAGUGCUUGGGGAAGCGUCAUAUCCAGGUCGAUCCCGUAGCUCUCCUCCGAGUCGGGAUCACAAGGCUUCCAAAGCUCUGAGAGCGAAGAGAGCACGUUGACCGCGUGCCCCAUGUCCGGCCUCUGGUGAGGCUCCCUGGCACAGCAGUGGCCGGCGAGCUCCGCUACGGUCCCGACGCUGGUCGCGGUCUCCUCGUCCAUGUCGAUCGCGGGGUCGAUGGCAGCCUUUCGGAACGCCUCCUUGUCGAGGAGCAUCCUCCGAAACCAUGUCACCAGGUGCAUGCUCUCCUCCGGUUGGCUCUCGUCGAGCGCCUUCCUCCCGGUGAUCAUCUCCAUCAGUAUCACUCCAAAGCUGAAGACAUCAACCUUUGUGGUCACACGCCCCGUCACUGCAAGCAAGUUAGAAUGAUCAGAACAAUAACAUCAGGCCCAUGCAAACUCAUGAUCCAAUCAUUCUGCAUUACCCGCAUACUCUGGUGCUAGAUAACCAAAAGUUCCUGCAAUCCUCGUCUCGACGGAACACCCUUUCCCGUCCGGUGCAAGCCGAACCAGUCCGAAGUCGGCGACCUUGGCCUUCAUGUCGUCUCCAAGGAGAAUGUUGGACGGCUUCAGAUCCCUGUGGAUGAAGCUCUGCUGCGCCAAGCUGUGUAAGUACUCCACCCCUCUCGCCACAUCCAGUGCAAUGCUUAGUCUCCUCUUCCACUCCAAUGGCUUCUGUCCUCCUUCCUUCCAGUCGAACAGAUGGCGGCUCAGCGUCCCCUGCGGCAUGUACUCGUACACCAGCAGCCUCUCGUUCCCAUCCAAGCAGUACCCGAGCAGAGACACCAAAUUCCGAUGCCUGACCUUCGUGAGGACCGCGAUCUCCGACUUGAACUCGUUCAGUCCCUUCGUCCCCAUCGCGCCUGCCUCCAUCCUCUUGACCGCGAUCUUGGUGCCGUCGUGCAGCUCGCCCUUGUACACCGUUCCGAAUCCGCCGUGGCCCAGCACGUUUUCCUCGCUGAAGUUGUCGGUCACGUUCCUCAGGACCUGGAUCGAGAUAACCAUGUUCCCGGCCUCGAGGACAUGGACGUCGCUCGUGCCACUGGUCGUCGGGCUGGUAAUCGUCUCGCUCGCGGCUGCGCCGCCGUUGACGCUCGGUCCUGCAACCGUGAUCUUGAUAAUGUCCGGAUCGGAUCCCGAGUGCCGUGGGUGGAUCACGGUUGUGUUCGGACUCUGAACUCUGCCGAGAUUUUGCUGCUUUCUCCUGUAAUGGCAGAAAACCAACAGCCCGACGAGGAUAAUCCCGAGCACCGCAGCUAUCACCGAGCCUGCAAUGGCACCGGCCACAGCAGAAGAAGACUUCCCGCUGCCUCUGCUUCUUGAGUCGGUCGACCCGCUUGGAUUCGAGUUGCUGCCCUGCCCGGCCGAGGCCGAACCGGCGUCACCACCGACCACAAUCUUCCCUAUGUUCUGGUUCCCAGCGGUGUUCACCAGCACAUUCUUGCUAAAGCUCGGAACUUGUCCCCAUAACGAGUUGUUCGACACAUCCAAUUCCUUCAGAGAUGGCAAGCUUGCGAGCUUGGCCGGAAUGGUCCCGGUGAGGUUGUUGUUCGAGAGCAGCAGCUUCUGCAACGAGGCGAUCGAUCCGAACUCUGGCGAUAUCGUCCCGUUGAGGCCCAUCCUCUGGAAGUUGAUCACCGUGAUGUUGCCAUUGUCGUUGCAGCUGAUCCCCAACCAUCCGCACGGGUCAUUGCCCUUCCAGUUCUCGGCGAACCUAGCGGGAUAGCCGAGAUCUUUAGCGACGGCGAGCAGGAUAUUGAUGCGGGGAUCGCAGGCUCCUGGACUCGGAAGGCAAAAGCUCUCGUCUUUGGGGUCUACAUCCACUUCCUUGACCGAACUCGGGAACACAGGCACCGCCCCCUGCAGCAGGUUAUUGGUGAGGGUGACCUUGGUCAGCGACGGGAGCUGGGUCAAGGACUUGGGGACGACGCCGGUGAGGCGGUUGUCCCUAAGCUGGAGGUCGCGCAGGCUGGUGAGCUGGGAUAAGUUCGGCAACGGGCCGGAGAAGUCGUUGGAGUGGAGCCAGAGCUCCUCGAGUGCGGUCAUGUUCUCGACGAACGCUAUACCGCCGGAGAGGCGGGCGGGGCCUCGCUGGUUGUUGAGCCAGAAGGAGCGGAGCGGGGCGGCGGCGAAGGCGGCUGGGACGGGGCCGGAGAGCCGGUUGAAGGCGAGACCGAGGUGGUCGAGGGCGGGAAAUGCGGUGGCGAGGAAGGCGGGGAGGGGACCAGAGACGCCGGCGGUGUUUGCGGAGAAGUUGACGAGGGCGGCAGCGUCACGGAGGGAGUCCGGAAGCGGCCAGGGGGCGAGAGGGUUGUCGUCGAGGAAGGCGGAUUGGAGGGAGGCUAGGCCGGCGAAGAAGCCGUCCGGGAGGGAGGAGAAGCGGUUGCCGUGGAGGAGGAGGACCUGGAGGGACGAGAGGCCAGCGAGGGAGGGCAGGGGGCCGGCGAGGCGGUUCUGCUGGAGCUCGAGGCGGACGAGGGCGGUGAGGUUGCGGACGGCGGGGGACAGAGAGCCGGAGAGGUCGCAUUUGCCGGCCUGGAUGGCAGUGACGCGGCCGUCGGAGCAGGAAACGCCGGCCCAGGCGGCGCAGGGGUCGGCGGAGAGAGACCAGGCGAGGAAGGGGGAACGGUCGGCGCCCAGGCCGGCGACGAGGACCCUCAUGGCCUGCAGGUCGCUCGGAUCAGUCUCGGCCCGGGCGUCCCCGGCGGCCGCGAGGAGCAGGGCCACCAGCAGCAGGUGGCGAAGGGAGCAGCCGGCCAUUAGUGUUGUGAGCGAGUGAAACUUCGUGUUCGUCUAUAUAGGAAGACGUUUUGAGCCUCAGUAGAAGGGAAGAAGGUGAAGUGGGCGCAAGCGAGAUUGCGAAGCAAAAAUAAGAGAGAGGAGCGAGACCCGCACAUGGUGGGGACAAGAGUCUGGCUUACCCGUACGGGACCGAAGCCAGGAAGCAGGAACCUGCAGUCUCGGGAAUCCAAGGAUCGCACGCGGGGUCCACUCGGCCCACAUCGUCGGCCCCACCAUUUUUCUUCUAUUCCUACGGUGAAAAUCCCGAACCGUGACUGUUUUCUGGCAGAAGAUCUCCACCAUCGGCGAUGUAGGGGCCCGAGAUACGCAGAAAGACAGCGAUCAGCCAGCCAAGCCCAGCCUGCUGGAUUCGGAGUGUUGCUGAUAUCUGACAACGAUCUGCUGUCCAAGGCCUUGGAUGCUCUUCACCCGCCUUCCUGCUCCUGCCGCUAAAGCAAGCCUGCCUUUGGAACUCUGUAAAGUUAAGCCACCUUGAACAAUCCCUUUCUUUUAAUCUCUACAGUUGAGAAACUGAUCCAGAAAGGAAGAGGAAUAUAGCUCAACAAAGGAGUCGGCAACACUGAAUCCCUUUCUUCUGUUCUCUAAAGUGGAAAGCUUGAAGGAAGAGAUGCUCUGCUGGUUCUGGUUGGUUCACUCGGUGGUUGCCUGUCCAGUUUGGAUAGAUCUCUCUCACAGCACAGGAGAGAAACUUGAGAGUCAAAUCACACCAAGGCAGACGCAUAUUCCUCUCACCCCCUCGAGAUUUCAAGGUCUCACUGCCCAAUGCACAGACACGGUGAUGAAGACUAGCACUACCGUAGUGUAAUUCUGGGCUAGCAUUUACCAGUCUCACCUGGCCACACAAGGGAGAGCUUGUGUUCAUCGACCAGGCAAGAAGAUGUCUGUGUUCACAGACACAAGAAACUAGAGCGGCAGUAGGGACAGUUGGAUCUGCCGUUGUUCUUGCUGCAUACAGCCUUGUACAACACACCUAGCUUAUUGUCUAAAGGAAGAAUGCAAUGUCUUGUUGCCUCAUGCAUUUAACACCAAUCAAUGGCUAAAAUAAUAUGCUGUGCAGUGGACAUGCUUCUUCCUUCCUUUUUGUCCUCUUCCAUCAUGAGAAAGUUAUAUAUGUUGUGUGCUUUAGAAUAGAAGGAAUGGUCCUUAUUGUCUCAUAUGAUCUAUUUGAAUGUGUGGUUUAACGAUACAAGUGGAGUUCUAUUUCCUUUUA